AUGCAGUUCGCUACCAUCACCACCCUCCUCUUUGCCGGCGUUGCCGCCGCCAUGCCUCAGGCAACCCCCACCAGCGCCGCCCCUCCCUCGGCGACCUCGACCUGCACGCCGGGCCCCGUGGUCGACUACACGGUGCAGGGCAACGACACGCUGACCAUCGUGUCGCAGAAGCUCAACUCGGGCAUCUGCAACAUCGCGACGCUCAACAACCUGGCCAACCCCAACUUCAUCGCGCUGGGCGCCGUGCUCAAGGUGCCGACCGCCCCCUGCGUCAUCGACAACAUCUCCUGCCUGGCCAAGCAGAGCGACAACAACACGUGCGUCAGCGGCGUCUCCCCCUACUACACCAUCGUCUCGGGCGACACCUUCUUCCUGGUCGCCCAAAAGUUCAACCUCAGCGUCGACGCCCUCCAGGCCGCCAACGUCGGCGCCGACCCCCUCCUGCUCCAGCUCAACCAGGUCAUCAACAUCCCCAUCUGCAAGAACUAG